AGCGAGGCCGGCACAAAUUCAAUCGUCACUUUUUCUUCGACGAGCUCGGAGACAUAAUUUAUAAGGGAUAUCCACUGUUCCGAUUUGACAAGAAAGGUUUUCUGUUUGACAGAUGAACUGCAAUUGUCCAGUGACGCAGCCGGGUCCGACGUUGGCCAGCACCUGCGGCGGAUCCUCCUUCAUGCUCUUCAUGGGCCUCCUGGAGGUGUUCAUCAGGUCGCAGUGCGAUCUCGAAGACCCCUGCGGCAGGCCGGAAUCGAGGGCCAUCCCGGACAGGGAGUACGACUUCAUCGUGAUCGGCGGAGGGUCGGGUGGCUCGGUCGUCGCCAGCCGUUUGUCGGAGGUGCCGCACUGGAGAGUUUUGCUCAUCGAGGCGGGAGGCAACGAACCCACAGGCACCCAAGUCCCUUCCAUGUUCCUCAACUUUAUCGGCUCUUCCAUCGACUGGGGAUUCAGGACGGAACCCGAGGAGAUGGCCUGCCUCAACGAAGACGAAAGACGGUGUUACUGGCCAAGGGGAAAGGUCCUCGGCGGAACGAGUGUCAUGAACGGAAUGAUGUAUAUAAGAGGCGCUAAAAAGGAUUACGACGACUGGGCCAAACUCGGAAACAUCGGUUGGAGCUACCAGGACGUUUUACCGUACUUCCUCAAGUCAGAAGACAACGUGCAAGCGGAGAUCAUGGACCCCGGUUACCACGGAGUCGGUGGUCUGCUGACUGUGACUCAGUUUCCUUACCACCCACCGCUUUCGCACGCCAUCCUCCAGGGAGGGAUAGAGAUGGGCCAUGCUAUCAGGGACCUGAACGGCGUGCUCCACACUGGGUUCGCCAUCGCUCAGACUACCAGCAGGAACGGUUCGCGACUCAGCGUCUCCAGGGCUUUCCUCAGGCCUGCUAAAGACAGGCCGAACUUGCACAUCAUGUUGAACACUACGGUCGCGAGGAUCCUGAUCAACGAAACGAGCAAGCAGGCCUACGGCGUGGAGAUCAUUAGAAACGGCAGACAAAGGGAGACUAUCUUAGCCAAGAACGAAGUCAUCCUGUGCGCUGGAGCCGUCAACUCGCCCCAAGUGUUGCUUCUGUCCGGUGUCGGGCCGGAAGCGGAAUUGCGCGAGCUCGGCGUACCUGUUGUACACAACCUCGACGGCGUUGGGAAAAAUCUGCACAACCACGUGGCCUUCUUCUUGAAUUUCUUCAUCAACGAUACGUCGACCACCCCUUUGAAUUGGGCGACGGCCAUGGAGUAUCUACUGUUCCGAGACGGCCUGAUGUCCAGUACUGGUCUGUCCGAGGUGACCGCCUUUAUCAAAUCCAAAUACGCUGAUCCCAACGAAGAUUUUCCAGAUCUGCAAUUGUUUUUCGGCGGCUUUCUGGCCAACUGCGCGAGGACCGGGCAAGUAGGCGAAAGGACCGACGACGCAAACAUGACCGGCCCACCGCCCCAAAGGAUGAUCAACAUAAUUCCCACUGCUUUGCAUCCAAAGAGCCGAGGGUACAUAAAACUGAAAUCUACCGACCCUAUGGAUCACCCGCUUAUUUUCGGCAAAUAUUUAACCGAUCCGGCCGACGUCGCCACCCUAGUCGAAGGCAUAAAAUUCGCCAUCAAAUUAUCCGAAACGCCUGCUUUACAGAAGUACGGGUUUCGGCUGGACAGGACACCGGUAGAGGGAUGUGAAAAAUUGCCGUUCGGUUGUGACGCAUACUGGAAGUGUGCCAUACGACGAAGCACCGGUCCUGAAAACCACCAAGCGGGUAGCUGCAGGAUGGGCCCACCCGGAGACCCGGGAGCGGUCGUCGAUCCGGAGCUCAGGGUCCACGGAAUAUCAAAUUUGAGAAUUAUGGACGCAUCCGUCAUGCCGAGAUUAGUGUCUGGGAACACCAACGCACCGACAAUUAUGAUAGCCGAAAAGGGAUCUGACAUGACCAAGAACAGGUGGCUUGGACAACAAACCUGGAACAAGUGGUCAUUUUGAAUUGGGUUAUGUGAAUUAGUGGAAAUUAGCAAGUUUUUGUUAAAUAAGAACCACCGUACUUUUUUCACUAUAAAUGUGUACAAAUUGUAAAAAUUGUUCUAUUAAAACAAUUAAUUGAAUAUGGGAAAAUAGUUUUGUAGUAAUGGUCUAAAUGAUUUUUUUUCACACUUAGUUUUAAUUAUACAAAAAGCUAUUCUUAGUUUUUAUUUAUUACAUUUAUGUACCUGGCAUUGUGGAUCUAUUGAAAUCAUUGCCACAUAUUAAAGAAAAACUGAUCAGUCGAGAGUUUUCAUGUCCUUUUGGAAUUUUCUUAACACCAUUAUUUGUAUAAAUUCAGGACCUUUUUUCUGUGGCCAUUAAAGUUCUGAAUUAAUUCCUCAUAAGACAUUUUCUACUAAUGUGCUUAAAUUUAAUAAAAAAAACCCGAUCAAAUAAAGGAUGUUAAUUGUUAAGUAAUAAGUUCCUUUAUACAUAAGGAAAACUGCAUAAUAUUUAUUGCUGUAGUUUAUGUUUUAAAAUUCAGUUUUUAUAAUUAAUGCAUUUUUUUUAGGUCGUGUUUAUAAUUAUCUGCAGUCAAUCCAAAUAUUAUAUUUCAACUAUGUUGU